GUCUGCGUGAUAAAGCCAGAUGCCGUCGCUUGAAGCGGCUUGUUGGCCGGCAACGACCGGCGAGGAGUUAAUCAACGGCGUUGAUCUGCCGGUUUGCAAAUGUUGCGCUGCAUCAGCAACCCCUACUGACCCAAAACUGCACACCUACAUUAUUGAGAAGUGCUGGAUGCACUGGAUGCAAAAGGGUCCCUGCGAUUCGCAGUUCGUGCUCGAAAGUUCACUUGCCAGUACUUGUUGCGGGCGCUUUGCUUGCCACGCCACUCCAACAGUCGUAAAACAUAAUAAAAAUGCAGCAGCUGGCUCAGCGCCGCGUUGUCAAGGGCGCCCCCCGCAGCCCUGCGGUGCACCGCGCGACUCAUGGAGCGUUGCGCGUGACUCGCAAGCCGGUUGCGCUCGCGGCAGCUGCAACCACAGCAGCUACCACAGUGGUAGAGCCGGUGCAGACAGAUGCAGUGGCUGCGAGCGGCGAGGGCGCUGUGGCUCCCGCGGUGUCGCCCGCCCCCGCCAGCAACACCUUCCAGUGGCACAGCGAGUGGUACCCGGUGGGCAUCAUCGAGGACCUGGACCCCCGGCGGCCGCACGCCACGCAUCUGCUGGGCAUUCCACUGGCGCUGUGGAAGGAUGCGCAGGGCCAGUGGCGCGCCGUGGAGGACAGGUGCUCUCACAGGCUGGCUCCUCUGUCUGAGGGCCGCGUGGAGAAGGACGGCACCUUGCAGUGCGCCUACCACGGGUGGCAGUUUGACGGCCGCGGUGCCUGCACGCACAUCCCUCAGCUGCGCAAUGACGAGAAGGCGCAGCAGGUGGCGUGUGCCAGCCGCCGCUCCUGCGUGCGCGCCUACCCCACUCAGGUGGCGCACGGCCUGCUGUGGGUGCUGCCGGACAGCAGCGCGGCGGGCUGGGAGAAGGCGGGCACGGUGCCGGUGACGGCUAUCCCGGAGCUCCUAGCGCCAGGUGGCUCCGCCAAUGGAAGGUCCCAGUUCGGCAACUGGUAUGCCCGUGACAUGCCCGUCAGGUUCGACAUCCUGGCUGAGAACUUGCUGGAUCCCGCGCACCUUCCCUUCGCACAUCACGGCGUAAUGGGCAACCGCAACAAGGAGCAGGGCAGCUCCACCACGUUGCGGACUGACACCAUGGGCGUGGCCGGUUUCGUUUGCGACGCCAAGCUGAACGGCCCCGAGGGCACUGUGUCCUGGCAGGCGCCCAGCCUGAUCAAGUACGAGUUCGGCAGCCUGCCCUUCAUCACGCUGCUCUACUGCGUGCCUGCGAAGCCCGGAUGGAGCCGCUUCUACUCGGCAACCGUACUGGACGCCAACGUGAAGAGCGCCAUUCCGGGUCCGGCCAUUGCGCUGGUCAAGCUCAUCUCGAACAUCCGCUGGUUCGACCACGUCACUCGGCGCCACCUGAUCCUGGACGGCGACACCUACAUGCUGCACGUGCAGGAGCGGCUGCUGCUGGAGAAGAACAAUGACUGGCGCGGCGCCUAUUACAUGCCGGCGCCCGCUGACGGCUCCGUGGUUGCCACCCGCCGUUGGUUCGACGAGCACGGCGGCGCCGUGCCCACGUGCGAGCCGGGUGUGCAGCUUCCGCCGCAGAUGAGCAAGGAGGCCGUGCUGGAGCGCUACCACCAGCACACCAAAAACUGCAAGGACUGCAGCCAGGCCCUUCGGAAUGUGGAAACUGCCACGUGGCUGGCAGCUGGUGGCGGCGUGCUGGCGGCGCUGGUGCUGGUGGCGCGCGCGGUGGCGGGCCUGCCGCUGCUGGCGCCCGAGUCAGUUGCACCGGCGCUGGCGGGCGCUGUGUGCGGCGGGCUGGUGGCAGUGCUGCAGGCACUGCGUCAGCAGUUCAUCUUUGUUGACUACGUGCACCAGGACAAGAAGUAGAGCUAGGGGGACUUUGCAAGCGGGGAACUUUGUUAUUCUGUCUCAUCCAGCUCAGGCCCAAGUGGGCCUGCGGUGGACCGGAGGAAUGGCUGGGAGGUAGGCAGACUGGUUACCCGUACUAGAAGAUAUGAUUGGUGUAUCCGGCUCGUAUGAGGCUCCGUAUCAAAGGAGAACAUGGAAGUACUGCUGUGAGUCUUGCAUUCCGCAUGCUACAAAGUAGUUUUGGAUCAAGUACAGGCAAUUGGGGCACGUCGUAGUAGUCUGCGCUCCUUAUGCUAGGGCUGCAGCUGACAAAACCGGCGCACAGCUGGUGCGUGUGGCGAGUAGUAUGGUGAGAGAAUCAUUAUUGCGAAGAGGGAAAUGUAUUUAUGUUCAGUCCUGAGCAAAGAGGCGGGUAUUGACUGUGUUGGGGGCCAAGUGGCCAACCGGCCAAGCCGGCUACAUUAUCUGCAGUUGUCUCGGAUGGAAUGUUGAAGUGCCGCGUGCACGGAC